AUUCCAUUUGUUCUGUUCCAGCCAUUAUUAUGAUCCGUCCUCCCCUCAGCAGCCUCCACUGGUGGGCACCAAUGAUUUGUAUACGGUAUACAUAAUUUGUGUGCACCCAUCACUUGUGCCCCCCGUAACGUAACAAAAUGUAGAUGAAGGGGUCUGAAUACUUUCCGAAUGCACUGUAUCUCUCUGUCCUCAGUUUUUCUUGCUAGGGACUGGAACAUCAUAAUGUCCUCCCACAAAGGUACUUGCCCUAUCCAGAGUAGCCUACUCUCUCUGACAGCUGGAACUUCUAGCUAAUCUUUUCACCUUCUUACAUGGCUGUUAGCUAGCUAGCUACUUAGCUACAAAUGCAUUUAGAGUUAGAACAAUAAAUACAUCAACAUAGGUAGCUAACUAGCUAAUAUGAAGUUAACUAGAUGGUGAUAUUUAAUUCACUUGCGUUAGCUGCUAACGAACAUUACGUUAGCAGCUCAUUUGAGUUAGCCUGCACACACAGUUCCUGUAGCUAMCAUUUUCAAAUAUAUAUUUUCUUACUUGAAUAGGUUCUGAUUGGAGGACUGACUGAUCUUCUAACAUGGUGUCUGGUGCGGUUGCUAGGUGAUGCAACUGCAAGCCCUCUAUAGAAUCGCAAUACAUAUCGUAUUGGCACCUAAGUAUCGUGAUAAUAUCGUAUUGUGAGGUCCCUGGCAAUUCCCAGCCCUAGUAGGCAAGGUUACGUAACCUUAUUUAGUCCUACCUGCUAUGAACCAAUGGGUCUGCCUGAACCUUUCAACUAGACACACGAUGACCACGAUUUGAAUGCUGCAACUGAGACAGAAUGACGUUGAUGGACACACACUGAGACACUGAGAUCAUGAUCUGCGGUGGUGAGGCCGGUUGGACGUACUGCCAAAUUCUCUAAAACAACAUUUUGCAGAACUGCCCUGCCGCCCUACUCCCAUUGAAGUCUAUGAGACCUCCGCCGCUUACCAUGGCCUGUCUACACCUGGAAGACAACAGGAUCAAAAGAAUCUCCAAGCAGGCAUUCUCAGGACUCUACUCACUAAGAAGACUAUUUCUCAGUCAGAAUCGGAUUACGUUGUUGAAGGCUGGCAUUUUUGAAGACCUUUGGAACCUGGAGUGGCUGAUUCUUGAUGAAAAUAGAAUAGCAUCUCUGAGACAGAACUCGUUUGAGGGGCUGAAAUCGUUAUUUUUCCUGUCUUUGCUGAACAAUUCCCUAGAAUCCAUCCCCAAGAAAUCUGUCUGCCAGGAAAUGCCUAGAUUAAACUGGCUAGAACUGGAGGGGAACAAGAUAUCAUCUUUGUGGGUUUCCAGCUUUCAAAACUGCACCACUCUGACAGUAUUAGCUCUUCGAAAAAACAGAAUACAAACUAUUGAGGAGGGAAUAUUUUCUGGCAUGCCAAACCUGAUAGACUUGGACGUAUCUUUAAACAAAAUUGAGGAGUUCUCACCAACUAUAUUUACAAAUCUUCAAAACCUAAAACAGUUGAACAUCUCAAAUAACCCUCUGACUCAUAUCUAUGAUGAUCAGUUUGACAUGUUUGUCAAUUUGCAAUCUCUGAGUAUAGAGGAGGUCGACAUACCAAACAUCAGUAUUCAGAUGUUUCGCUCUCUUGGGAACUUGGCCCAUAUUUAUUUUAAGAAAUUUGAAUACUGUGGCUACUCUCCUAAUGUGCGAAGUUGUAAGCCAAACACUGACGGGAUUUCAACAUUUGAGAAUCUUCUUGCGAACAUCAUCCUUCGCGUUUUUGUGUGGGUGGUGGCCUUCAUCAUCUGCUUUGGCAACGUCUUUGUGAUAUGCCUGCGGUCUUGCAUUGCAUCCGAAAACCAGCACCACACCAUGGCCAUCAUAUCACUGUGCUGUGCUGACUGCUUGAUGGGAGUAUACCUGUUCUUCAUUGGUGCAUUCGACAUCAAAUACUGUGGAGAGUACAACAGACACGCCCAGCUGUGGAUGGAGAGCAUGCAGUGCCAGUUGAUUGGCUCUCUGGCCAUGCUGUCCACUGAGGUGUCAGUCAUGCUUCUGACCUACAUGACUAUGGAGAAGUACCUGUGCAUUGUGUUCCCCUUCCACAACUACAGAGCCGGACGUAAACAGACACUCUGCUACCUCAUCUUCAUCUGGGUCCUGGGUUUCCUAAUCGCCGUCAUUCCCCUCUGGGACAAGCAGACGUUUGGGAAUUACUACGGCAGGAAUGGAGUGUGUUUUCCACUUCACUCAGACGAGAUGGAGAAACCAGGUGCCCGAUGCUACUCCACUGGAAUAUUUCUGGGGUUGAAUCUCUUUGCGUUCAUCAUGAUCGUCUUCUCCUACACCAGCAUGUUUUACUCUGUACAGAAAACUGCUAAGACAGCAAGACAGUCCAUCUACAACAAGGAGGUCUCUAUAGCCAAGAGGUUUUUCUUCAUUGUUUUCACAGAUGCCAUGUGUUGGACACCUAUAUUCCUCCUAAAGAUCCUCUCUCUUUUACAAGUGGAAAUAGCAGGAACGAUCGUUCUAUGGGUGGUGAUCUUCAUKCUGCCCAUCAAUAGUGCCCUAAACCCCAUCCUGUACACCAUCACCACCAGCUCCUUCCAGGAGAGACUGAAACUCUGCCUGAAGGCCAAGUGCAAACAGACUGSGCUCAGGGAAACUUCACAAAAAGUAUCUGAAGUCUACCAGAACCCCAGCCCUCCUCCUUAACAAAAAGGAACCUCUCAGUCAGGGAGCUGGCCAACCCUCCUGGGUAUGCAGGCUUUUAUUCCAGUCCUUCUGGAACACACCUGAUUCAGAUCAAGAUCUUGCAGAUCAUCUGAUUAAUAGGAUCAGUGUGUUUUAGCAGGGCUUGAGCAAAGCCUGCAUACCGAGUAGCUCUCCAGAAGGAGGGUUGGCUAUCCAUGCUCUUAUGUAUUUGAUAGGGAGAGUGAUGUAUUCAUGUAAUCAUUCUUUACCAGCAAGAGAACAAAUUCUCUGGGAACCAAUUUAUUGCCAAAUGUUUUGUGUGAAUACAUAAUGUACAGUUCCUGUAAACACAGAUGUGCAGAAUCAACGUAUUUUCCCUACCCAAAUUACACUGAGUAUACCAAACAUUAGGAACACCUUCCUAAUAUUGAGUUGCACACCCCCCCUCCCCUUUUGACCUCA